GUUUUGUCAUUUGUUGAUGUUUCGUCUACUAGCCAGGCCAGGCCAGGGCCACACCUGGUGCUCACCAUGGUACUCACAGGUACCUUAUCCCCUGGGCCCUCCCACAUACCCACCUGCUGGCUCUGCUGGCCCUGGACACUGGGUGCCCCAGUCAAAGCACACUGAGGACCACCCCUUGGUCCUCGCCUGUUCCCGUUGCUGCUUCGAGGGGGGAGCUGCCCUCACUGAGGGUGCCCAUCUGUGCACAGUGACGGGCCAUUGGUGGUCAGGCAGCAGACCCUUCCUGGGGUCUGUGCCAGGCCUCAGGGGUAAGGUGCAGCGCAGUCACCCUCACCGGAAUCCAGGGGACCCCAGCAAGACAGGGGGCUUUGCAACCCAGCCUGGUGUCUGUCCACUGCAAGUCCAGUCCUCGUAGCAACUUAGCUGGUGCUGGUCAUUGAGUGUGGGGUUCCUGGGGCCAUGCUGCCAGCAUCUCCCCAUCAGACUAGAUGCACUGAGCUGGCUGCAGGGGGUCCAGCUGCUGCUAUUAGUUAUUUUCUUUUCUUACAUCAUAAAGGGUGUUAAUAACUCACAGAAUAGUGACAGUCUGGAGAUAGGGUGGCCUUCAGGCAUGGCUUGGUCAGGGCUCUUGGUGGCUGUCCUUGGCUCUGCCUUUUUGGUGUAUCAGCCUCAUCUUCAGGCUGCUUGCCCUUCUGUUGGUUGUUGGAGCAGGAAAGAUGGGAGUCUCAGUCCCCAGUCACUGGCAAGGCUGCUGGAGUGGAUGGGGGUAACCUGGAUUCAUCAUGAUGCAGGACAUGGGCAUGGGGAGCGGAGGUCCCAGGGCUCCGGGGACUCACUCCAGAACUCAGCAAGGCUUUCCCCCAAGACCAGAAGCCCCAGGCUGGCAGGUGCGGUGGGCCCUGGUGAGGCACAGGCUUGGUUCUCAUGGGCAGACCUCCUGAGCCAUGACUGGACACCAUGGCAUGCUCUGAAGAAGGCAACUGGACAAUGGGUGUGCCAUCCAGCAAGGCUGUUCUUGGGGAGUGCUGUGUGUGUGUGUGUGUGUGUGUGUGUGUGUGUGUGUGUGGCCAUCUUAGGAGACUGAGGCUCUUUCUGAGAGAGGCUGGUAGGCAUUAGGGGUCUGGUCCUCCUGAGUUUGGGGGCACUCCAAAAGCUGCCUCAGUCUCCCUGGCCACCUUUCCUCCGAGGCUACAACUGUGCACUAGGUAGGCAGGUAGGGGACUUCUGCAGAGAGCGCCCUGUCCCUUCAAAGGAAGGAGGCAGGUGACCCUCCUGGAGGUCUGUAGACAGCCACUUCUCAGGGUGGCUGUGCCCAGCCCCCACCUCCCCAGGGCCUAGGAAACGCGGGCCCGUUGUUCCAGAAAACGGAUGUGAUGGAGAGGGUCCUCCAGACGAAAGGCUUGGGAGGGGGCUCCGGGGACGGCAGUGCCAGCCUAGGCAGCAGGAAGGGAGCCUGCACAGCCGUUUACAGGCGCCGCUGGCUAGCAGCGAGGGAGUGUCCGAGCCUUUCAUCGCUGGCUGCCAGACCGAGGUUCGCCCUUGUUCACUCAAGGAGAAUUCCACCCCCCAGACCUGCCCUCCCACUGCAGCCCAAUGAAUGCCUCCUUACACAUCCUGAGAAAGCAUCCAUAAUGGCCCGCCGCCUCCCACCUCCCGAGGAAUUCCGCGGCGCUGGGCCCGCAGGGAGGCAGGGCGCAGACGGCCCGCGGCGCCUCCCCAUUGGAUCGUCCGGUCGUGCUCCACUCCACUGCGCGGCUGGCCAGCCACAGGCUCACCUCCCUUCCCACAGCCGCGCCCGGGAAAGGAAGCGAGGUGGCCUUUGCCCCCGCAUAGGCCAGCCAGGAAUGCGGGACCACACUUCCCACUACGCCCGCCCGCGGGCUUGAGGAUGGGGGAAGAAGGACGCGCAGGGCCCAUCCGGGGCAGCGCUUGAGAUAGCCGGCGGGGCCCCGCACCUCACUCGACAGGCGAGGCGGAAAGGAUCAUCGCGCACGGUCGUGGGUGCUAAGUUGUCCAAACCCAAGACCUAGUGGCAGGCACUGUCACGUGGCCUGCGCCCCAGGUGUGCCUCGCCCUGGGCGCGCUGAGGUCCCCCGACGGCGACGGCGCGCGGUGCCCAGGUCCUUGCGGGGCCGUGGGAGCGCUUUCUCGUUCCCCAUUCGCUGCCCAGCGCGCGGCCCGCACAGCCGCCUGGGCAGGGGGGAGCCUGUAGGAGAGGCAGCGGCAAGGCUUCCCGAUGAACGACCGGAAGGAAGACAUGGAAAUCGCGUCCCACUACCGGCGCCUGCUGCGCGAACUGGACGAGCAAAGGCAGCACGGCGUCCUGUGCGAUGCGUGCGUCGUCGUCGAGGGCAAGGUCUUCAAGGCUCACAAGAACGUCCUGCUGGGCAGCAGCCGCUACUUCAAGACACUGUACUGCCAGGUGCAGAAGGCAUCCGACCAGGCCACAGUCACGCACCUGGACAUCGUCACGGCCCAGGGCUUCAAGGCCAUCAUUGACUUCAUGUACUCAGCCCACCUGGCCCUCACCAGCAGGAACGUCAUCGAGGUGAUGUCGGCCGCCAGCUUCCUGCAGAUGACGGACAUCGUGCAGGCCUGCCACGACUUCAUCAAGGCCGCGCUGGACAUCAGCAUCAAGCCUGAUGCCCCGGACGAGCUGUCGGAGUUCGAGGUGGGCGCCCAGCCCGGCAGUGGCACGGACGCGCUCAUCUCCGCCGUGAUGGCCGGGAGGAGCAUUUCCCCAUGGCUGGCCCGGCACACAAGUCCCACCAACUCCUCAGGGGACUCGGCCAUUGCCAGCUGCCACGAAGGAGGAAGCAGCUGUGGCAAGGAGGACCAGGAGCCCAAGGCCGACGGUGCCGACGACAUUUCCUCGCAGUCGCUGUGGCCGGGCGACGUGGGCUAUGGGUGUCUGCGCAUCAAGGAGGAACAGGUGUCGCCCCCUCACUACGGAGGGAGCGAGCCGCCUUCUGCCAGGGAUGCUGCGACCCAGAGCUCCUUCUCUGAGCAGGCUGGCGGGGACGGCUGGCAGCCCACAGGCCGGAGGAAGAAUCGGAAAAACAAAGAGACCGUCCGGCACAUCACGCAGCAGGUGGAGGACGACAGCCGGGCCGGUUCCCCGGUGCCGCCCUUCCUUCCGACGUCCGGGUGGCCGUUCAGCAGCCGUGACUCAAAUGUGGACCUGACCAUCACUGAGCCUGGUGGCUCUGACAGCCGAGGGGAGAGGACCGACCUGUAUGCCCACGUGGACGAGAGUCUUCUGGGCCCGCCCCUCACCCCCGAGAAGGAUGAUGUGCUGCAGCAGGCCACGGCAGUGGCCAGCCUGCGGGCAGCGCUUAUGAGUAAGAACAGCCUGCUGUCCCUCAAGGCAGACGUGCUGGGGGAUGACAGCUCCCUGUUGCUGGAGUACCUGCCCAAAGGCGCACACGCCCUGUCCCUGAACGAGUUCACGGUGAUCAGGAAGAAGUUCAAGUGCCCGUACUGCAGCUUCUCGGCCAUGCACCAGUGCAUCCUGAAGCGGCAUAUGCGCUCCCACACGGGCGAGCGGCCCUACCCCUGCGACAUCUGCGGGAAGAAGUUCACGCGGCGCGAACACAUGAAGCGACACACACUGGUUCACAGUAAGGACAAGAAGUACGUGUGCAAACUGUGCAGCCGCGUGUUCAUGUCAGCCGCCAGCGUGGGCAUCAAGCACGGGUCCCGGCGCCACGGCGUGUGUGCCGACUGCGCGGGACACGGCAUGGCCGGGCCGCUGGAUGCCGCUGGCACCGACGGCUCCCCCGAGCUCUUCUCUGGCGACGGGCCCUACCUGGAGGACCCUGACGACCCACGAGGGGAGGGUGAGGAGGAGCUGGGUGAGGAUGAGGACGACGUGGGUCUGGCCCACGAGGACGCACUGCUGGGGGACGACAAGGACGACGAUGACUCGCCCCGGGAGCCCCGCAGCCCCUCAGGUGGGCCUGACAAGGACUUUGCCUGGAUCUCCUAGGCCCCCUGGCUGGGGGCUGCAGCAGUGGCAGUGCCACACCUCCACCUGUGUGUGCGUGCUUAGGGUCUUCACUUGCUGGGGCAGGGCCGUGCUGACUCCUGGCAGCCCCUUCUCCAGGUCCCCUCUAUCCUGUUCCCGCCCCCCAGACACACACAGAGAAACCAGCCCUGUGGUCUCGGAAGCAGGUGCGGCCCCAGCACGUGGGGGGCUCUGGGAUGGAAUACGGAGUUGGUGGGGUGCAGGGUGGGCUUGAGUGAAGGGAGAGCGUGUUCCCACCAUCUGUGGGGACAGAGAGGGUCCCCAGCAGGUGUGUAUGGGCUGAGCCUCAAGGGGGCCCAUGGGGCCGACCUGGCCUUGGGAUGCCCGAUGGCCCAGUGGCCAGAUCAGGGUCGGCGCUGCUCGGAUCCGAGAGGUGUUGGGGGGGGGGUUCUGUGUGCUCCCCGCUGCGUGCUGUGCUCCAGCCCACCCCGUCCCCCCACACCCCUCACAGCAGCCUGGUCACUGCCCGGAGCUCUCUGUCCUCAUGGCUCUGCUGCCUGCAGAACCCAGGUCCUCCAUACAGAGAGGCCCUGGGCUUUGGUGCUCCACACAGAACAGCUGCAGAAGCCCCGCCGGGCUGAGGGCUCCCAGGUGCUAUCUUCUGGUGGAGGCAGCGGCUGGGGACCUUGGUCCCCACUGCAGGCCCACUCGGGGUCCCUGCAGGGUGCCCCACUCUUAGUUCUGUGUGCACUUCCUUGGAGAGCCUGGGCUCUGCCCACCCUGCGGCACCCAGGCCACGCCUGCCACCCCCUCCCCACCCCUAGGCGCUUCCUUUGUUGCUGCUAGCACUGGAGGCUGUGCUCCUGACUGCUGGGCGCUGCUCACGCCUCCCCGAGUGGGUAACCGAACUUUCGAAGUAGUCACACACAUGCAGAGGCAGUUACGUGGAAUUGUUGGGUUUGGCAUUAUUUUUCUCACUUGACAAAACAGAGUUGUCUUUCUUUUGGCUCGUUGGUCAAGUCCCCUUGCUGUCACACAAGCCCACGACCUGUCCUCUCUUUUUUGACCUGUCCUCAUGACCUAUCCCCGCCCCGUGGAGAGCAAAGGCCCUGCCUGCUGCACCACUGGCUGUGAGUGCUGCCAGCCAAAGGACAGAUGCCUGUCUGUCUUCCAUGUUCGGGCUGUGUCCGACACCCCCUCGUUGCUGAGACUGCCUUCCCUCACAGCCACCUGGCUCCCACAAUCCUGCCACUUGACCCACACAAGGACUCACCGUGCCUGGCUGGAGACAGUGUUUUUAUUUUCUUCCACAGACUCUAAGCAAAAUGGCUUUCACCACGUUUGCUAUUGUGUCACGUCUAUUCUUUCUAGGUGGAAAACACCACAAAACCUUGACGCAGGUUUCAGUGGUGGCUUGGGGCACUAGCCUCCUGGGCUGCUGCUGGGUGGCAGGGUGUCCAGGGCUGGCCCCGGCCCGUGCACGGGACAUGGUGCUGUCCUUGAAGUCCUGCCCCAGGGGAGAAGUCCCGGCUUUUGUGUUAUUUUUCAGUAAAAUCAGCCAGCUUCUAUGAGUUCCAAGAAGGCACUCUUACUGGAGCUGUCACCUGGCUUGCCUGCCCCCACGUCCCUCUGCUGGGGACUCGGAAGUUCCUGACACUGGCAUCCUUAAGACAAGGGCCAAGGUUCUCCCAAACCCGCGCUGGGGCAGGAGCCAGGCGGGCGCUGAGCCCUCUGUGCUGCCAGCUCUUCCUGCCCUGUGGGCCAGGCCCAGGCAGGGGCUGGACGCACUCCCCUUUCGGCCUUUCACCAGGGAGGCCUGGCUGAGCCCCCCGGGCUCUCAGAACUCUGUACCUCCCCCCACUUUCUAAACCCUUUUCUAAACAGACCUACUUUCUUAUAAAAUGGAAAACAGACCUUUGCUACCAACAAGUGUCUCUGGGCUUUGCACCGGUCCCACCUCUCAGGCUGUCCUGUCGGCGCCUGGGCCACCUCUGCCUCUGCACUCAGGACAUCUUGGUCUUUCUGACCUGCUCACUCCCCAUUCUGGUUGGCCCUUGCUCACCUUUCUGGGGGUCCCCUGUCAGUGCCACAGGGGUGUGUUCUUCCUUAAAACCAAUACUGUACUGGAAGACCUAGGGCCUCACUUCCUGCCCCAUCAAGCUCCCCUGGUGUUUGCUGCUGGCAGGUUCACAUUCCCAUGUGGUGUCAAAUUUGAGAUGGAGAUGAGUGUGUCACCUCUCAGGAGGCGUGGAGGGAAAGGUGUGUCAUGAAGGGUUUUUUUAUGUGACUGGUCUUUUUUUUUUUUUCAAAUGUUUAAACUAAUAAAUAUUUUUUUACGAAGAGGAAAAAGUGUGUAGCUUACAUUUCACGUUUUGUACUUUUUCAUUUGUGUCUGUCUGCAUUUUGGUGUUUGCAACACCAAAGUGGAAAACAGUUCCGAGGGUGGUGAAUUCUUGGGGUGGGGGUGGGGCAGGGGGCCCGGACAACUUUUGCUCCAAGCUCGGAUCCCGACCAGGUUGUACAUUUGGACCCUGGGUUUUGGGAAAGUCACAACACUGCCAGGACUCAAUAGGGACCUUGGGACCUUGACUCAAAAGACACAGCUACUGCUUCCAACUUUGCACAUCUUCCUUUAUAUAAAACUCUGAGAAAUGCAAAAACUGGAACUUUUUGCAAUAUUAUGAAAGAUAAUCUUAUUUUUGCUCAUUCUGUGACAUGUGCAACUCUUAAAAAGCCAUACUUAAUGGUUGUUUUUUAAUUUUUAGACCCUAUGUUGUGUUUUGUAUGCAGCCCUUUUAGAAAUACUUGUAGUGAGGGUGCUGUGUGUGUGCUUUCCUUAAAUAUUUAUUUUUUCAACAUGCUAUCAACCUGUCAACAAAAACAAAACACAAAAAAAGGGCAGUGCUUGAAGAGUGUUGAUUUUUUUCUGGGGAUAAUCUAUAUUAUACUGACUUUAUAUUAAUUAUUAUAAACCUGUGUUUGUAUUGGCGAUGUGUUUCAUACCGGGGGGAGGAGGUUUCGUAAUCGGUUGGUGGGAUGUCAGGGCUGUCGCCUGCUUCUCUGUAGCCAUAGGACAGGUAAACAACAUUCUCUAGUGGUCUUGCGAUUUCUUGUCUGCCUGGGUUCCGGGCCUGCCUGCGGGUUUCCUUUCUGUGACGGGAUUAGCUUAGACGUUCUUGCAAAGCGAUCACUUUCAAUAAAUUGGGAAAUUGCUGCUCAA